AUGGCGACCGUCACCACUCCUCGGGACUCCCUGAUCGCGGAGAAACUCCGUGGAUCACCAGCAGCGUCUCAAACGUCAUCGAGGGCCGGCUCUCCAGAUUCUCUGCCUAAAAAGCAGAAUGGCAUUGCUGCUCCCAGCACCGAGAACCUGAAUGGAAACGGCUACGCUGCGCCACCAUCCGAGCCACAAAAGUCGACGACCCUUGCUGCACCGCAGCCAGAGAAGCCCUCAAUGACAAAGCGUCUCACUCGAAUGUUCUCUACGAAAGAUGCUACAAGAGCCGAAGGACAUAUAAGUUCUCAGCAAUCUUCGACGGGUCAUAGCACUCCAAAGCCUCCCCCUACACCGACAACUGAACAAAAGCCAAACCCUCCUUCACGCAAGUCCUCCACGACCGACAAAGCAAUUACCAAAACCGAGAAGUCUGAAAAGCCCACCACGACGCUUGCAAAGGAUAAGAAGGCAGCGGGGACUGCCUCUGCACACCAGAGGUUUGUCCUCAAUGCCGAUGUCAAAGGCGGCCAUGAGCACCACCUCAAGAGCGCAAAGAGGCAGGAGAAACUGUCGGACAUGCUUCGAAAUGUUAUAAGUGGAAAAGCAAAGGCUCCAGAACACGUACACGAGGGCGAGCAACAAUUGUCAUUGAUGUCCAGUUGGGUUGAUCAGCUUAAGAGCGAGCGGGAUAGUUUGGUUUCAGAGAAGAAAGGCGGUCCGAAUGCCACUGCAUCGUUGGUAGAGAAAUACGGCAAAUGUCAAGAGAUUGUUGGACGAGGUGCUUUUGGAAUUGUUCGGAUAUCACACAAGAGAUCCGAGAAUGGAACUGGAGAACAAUUAUAUGCUGUGAAGGAAUUUCGAAGGCGCCCAGAAGAGAACGAGAAGAAAUACAGCAAACGACUCACAUCUGAGUUUUGUAUAUCUUCGUCAUUACGCCACCCGAACGUCAUCCACACUCUCGACCUCUUACAAGACUCGAAAGGAGACUAUUGCGAGGUUAUGGAGUUUUGCGCUGGUGGCGAUCUCUACACUUUGGUUCUCGCGGCUGGCAAGCUCGAAGUGAUGGAGGCCGAUUGUUAUUUCAAGCAAAUGAUGCGAGGCGUGGAAUAUAUGCACGAGAUGGGCGUUGCACACCGAGAUUUGAAACCCGAGAAUCUCCUUCUUACGACCCACGGCUCUCUCAAAAUUACCGACUUUGGUAACGGCGAAUGCUUCAGAAUGGCAUGGGAAUCUGACGCGCACAUGGUUACUGGUCUUUGCGGUUCAGCGCCUUAUAUUGCCCCGGAAGAAUAUAUAGACAAGGAGUUUGAUGCUCGAGCCGUUGACGUUUGGGCUACUGGUGUGAUUUAUAUGGCGAUGCGAACUGGUCGUCACCUCUGGCGCGUUGCAAAGAAGGACGAGGACGAAUUUUACGAGCGCUACCUAGAAGGACGUAGAGAUGAGGAGGGUUAUGCUCCUAUAGAAUCGUUGCACCGAGCACGGUGCCGUAAUGUCAUCUACUCAAUUCUCGACCCCAAUCCAUCUCGCCGAAUCACUGCUUCACAAGUUCUCAAGUCCGAAUGGGGCAGAGAAAUAAAGCUCUGCAAAGCCGGCGAAGAGGGUCUCUGA